CCAUGACUCCUACGUGACUUUACCCCUUGUAGAGAUGGCUAGAGCUAAUGAUGUAGUACUCCUUGGGAUGCUUAGACACAUGACACAUAUCCUCCAACCCCUUGAAGUGAAAGUGAAUGGUCCCUUGAAGUCCAGGUUCAGCACCCUCGCUACUGACCUUGGUUUUGCCAACCCAGAUUUGACGAUAGGAAAGGCAGACUUUCCAGUGGUACUGCGCCACACAUUAGAGAAGUCCGAACCUGCCUCGGUAAAGGAGGCGUUUGUUGCUACUGGGAUUGUCCCGUACAAUCCCGAAGCGAUUGACAAGUCCCAGUGGAUACCUGCCACCUUUACCAAGAAAAAGGAACAUAGAGGGCCAAGUCAAAAUCCCAACGCAUGAAGGAGUAUAGAGUAAGAAAGAAAGAAAAAUUGGGUGAAAAAUGGCUAAAACGAGAACGGUUAAGAGUGAAGACCUAUUAUAUUCCGACAGAGCAGCUGAGUGAUGAGGAGAAAUUUAAGAGGUGCGAGAAAAACAAAAAGUGUGCUCAUACUUUUUAUAAUAAACAAAAAAAAUACACACAAAAAUGAUGGUAGCGCCAGACUAAUAAAUGAUUUGGCACAAUCACUUAAGUAUAGCUGAACACAAAAUUAGUUGCAGCUGUGACAGUGAUGACAAUGGAGUAUGACACGACACUUACAGUGAAAAUGUCAUUCCCAGCACAUGAAGGAAAGAAAGGAAAAUUUCAUGAGCAUUGAAAAUUACAUAGAUUAGACAGAUUUGUCAUCCUUGCAAUACUGGAAUAAUUCUAUCUUUGAUUUGGUUAGCAGACUUCAAGGCUUAUAUGGUUGUACAGCUACAUUGUAUUGUUCUGAAAGUGGACAUGGAAUAAGUGUGUGUAAUGGUGUUGGCGGUACUACCACAAGAAACCCAGACAUGGCUGUGAAACAUCACAAGGCAGUCAUACAAGACACAAAUGACUUCCACUCAUGAGCCAUAACUUUACAGUGUGAAAUAAAAUAUCACAUGAUCACUCCAGAUCAAUAUAAGUAUUACAGUGUGUAGUUACUAGUUCUGUUCAAUGUUCCAGACAGUAAUGUUUCUAUAGACGUUCAAUUUUAAUAUGCUUUAUACCAUGUUAACAGUUAAUUAUUUUUUAGACAUUGUUUAACGAUAAAUGUCAUAUAACAUUGUAUCAGACAAGGUAAAAAUGUAGGGAUAAUACACGUUUUUUUGUGUAUUAAC